GUGUGUUUCAAUGCGGUUCACCUGAAAUCAUUUAUCUGACAGUCAAUAUGUAGCAUGAAAUACAGACCAAAAAGUUGAACUAGGAUUAUUUAAUAGGAAAGAUGGGAUAAAUGAAUACAGAUCAAGAUCACUGGAAGGAAUUCUAACGAAUUGAUGAAGAAUAAUUAGUCUUCAUAUAGUGACCUUUAUUUUAUGACGUCUCUAACAGUUUUUUCUGGGUAUGAGAGCUGUAAGCCAUUCAUUACAGACAUGAACAUAGAUGAAGCCGUGGGUCACGUGCGUUGUGGCACUGUUGGUCGUGUACCUGCCCUGCUCCGCCCCGCAGUUUACUAGUGCCUCAGACCAGCCUCACAUCAAGGAUUCUUUACGCCUCACCAACAUUCUGAUGGAGAGACCCAUCGAGGGUCCAAGUCUCCGCAAGGAUUGUCGUCUACUAAGCGCUGAAGAGUUCCAGAGUCUUGUCAACGCCGUAAAUGCCGCCAAACGUGAUACGAGAGUUCGACCCAAUGUGCACGACGCCUUUGCCUAUCUACAUGCCCAUCCAGACAUUAACAAAGGGGCACACCUUGGGCCGUCCUUCUUGCCUUAUCACAGAGUCUUUCUUUUUCUAUACGAAAAACUGCUAAGAAUUUAUAACAGAAAUGUAAGUCUGUGUUACUGGGAUUCUACCUCUGAGCCUGAGAAGAUGACUUGGUCACCAACCUGGACACCAGAACUAUUUGGCAAUGUACAAGGCUUGGUCAGCACUGGUUUUGCCAAAGGCUGGGUCACGCCCCUGAGGGCCCUCGAUCGUCAAGGUGGUGUCUUAGGCCGACCUCUGACCGACGAGGACGUGAGAAUUGUUCUUACCAAGAGUAGAUUGGGAGAGAUUUCCAUGCCAGCAGCGGCUGUGGACGCCAAUGUGGAGCUUAUGCACAACUACGCUCAUACUUACGUCGGGGGCAUCAUGGGACAGGUACAAAGUGCUGCCUAUGACCCGAUCUUUUGGUUCCACCAUUCUUUUAUCGACUGCAUCUAUGACAAGUUCUUGAAGAAGCAAAGAAAGCUCGGCAUCGACCCCAUGAGAGACUGGCCAGUGGAACACGGUGACAAUACCACUCAUGGGCCAUUCGCCCCCAUGAGGCUCGGCAGUUUGAGAAACAUUGACGGAGCCCAGGAGUUCUUCAGCCGCGAGAUCGUCAGGUGUGAGCCCAUGCCUGUCUGCACUGUGGACGAUCAGUGUGGUGAAUACAUGCGAUGCGACAAGUCAAGACAGAAAUGUAUUUCAGACACACUGCGACCCGCCACCGAGAUGGGCCCCAUGUGGAGUAGCGUCGAAAACCUUUUGGCGUCCCUGCAGCAAACCAAGUUCGCUUCUCAAAAUGAUCCUUUAGCAGCAUCUAGCUUUGGAUUUGGUUUUAUCUUCCAGCAGAUGGAACAGUUCGCUUACCCAGCUGCUUCGAAGAUAUAAUUCAUCACUCGAUGAGACAUAGAGCCGAUUUGAUUUAAUUUAUAUAUAUGUAACUUUAUUUAGCUUAACAAAAUGAGUAGGCUAUAAAUUUUUAAACCACCUCUACGUUAAUUUAAUGAAAUAUAAUUAUAAUUUUAAUUUUUACUAUACUUAUUACUUCACUUAUUACUGAUUUUAUUUGCUGAUACGUAAAUAAGAAAUACAUAAUAGUAUAAAAACAAAACGCGAUAUAAAGUGUGCGACUACAGUGCGACGGAAAAAAAAGACGUGAUUUAUAAGCUGUAGAUUGUAUGUCGCAUAAUAAUUAAACAAAUAAUUUACUUAUUUUUUAAGCUUCAUUUUUUUUUAUGUUGACUGUAACAUUAAAAAUUCAACAUAAAUCUA